AUGUCUUCAAUGCUUUCUGUGAAAAUUUUAGAAUGGAGUGUUUUUGCGAAAAAAGGAAUUCAACUAUUAAAUAAUAUUGACAAGCGGUAUAAAGCAAAAUCAAUUAAGAUAAUUGACUCAGAACUUUCUACUUCCAACUCGAACAAAACGAAUGCAGUAAAAGUGCCAAAAAAAUUGAACCUAAAAGGCGUAAGUAGCACUAAGGCUAACGGGAGCUCCAGGAAGUCCCUCGGAAAAGUUGGCGCAUGUGUGUAUUUAAAUAAUCCUAAGGCAAAAUAUUCCACAAGCAGCAAAAAAAAUCAAGAUAGUAAACCCGACAAACCUCCUGAUAAGCCACCAGGCACGGCAUUAACUGGAAUUGCACCCAAAUCACCUGCAGGUGGAGCGAAGGGAAAAAUUAUAGCAGUGAUUGGUGCUGUUGUAGAUGUACAGUUUGAUAAAGAAUUACCACCAAUUUUAAACGCUCUCGAAGUUCCCGGGCGGAAACCUCGUUUGGUUCUUGAGGUAGCACAACAUCUAGGAGAACGAACAGUUCGAACAAUUGCUAUGGAUGGCACGGAAGGUUUAGUUCGUGGACAACCUGUAGUAGAUACUGGAGCACCCAUUACUAUCCCCGUCGGUGAGCCUCUUUUAGGCAGGAUAAUUAACGUUAUAGGUGAACCUAUUGAUGAACGGGGACCUAUUCAAACUGAUCAAUUUGCACCCAUUCAUGCAGAUGCACCUCCGUUUGUAGAAAUGUCAGUCGAACAAGAAAUUCUUGUCACAGGUAUAAAAGUAGUUGAUUUAUUAGCGCCAUAUGUAAAAGGCGGUAAGAUUGGACUAUUUGGUGGUGCAGGUGUGGGCAAAACAGUAUUAAUCAUGGAACUCAUUAACAACGUUGCCAAAGCCCAUGGUGGUUUUUCUGUAUUUGCUGGAGUAGGAGAACGCACGCGUGAAGGUAAUGAUUUAUAUAAUGAAAUGAAAGUUGGUGGGGUUAUUAAAGAUGACUAUAAGCAGUCCAAGGUAGCUUUAGUUUAUGGGCAGAUGAAUGAACCACCUGGAGCAAGAGCUCGUGUAGCUUUAACAGGAUUAACGUUAGCCGAACAUUUUAGAGAUAAAGAGGGUCAAGAUGUUUUAUUAUUCGUGGACAAUAUCUUCAGAUUUACCCAAGCUGGUUCUGAGGUAUCAGCUUUACUUGGUCGUAUUCCGUCUGCAGUAGGUUAUCAACCAACGUUAGCAACUGACAUGGGUACGAUGCAAGAGCGAAUUACAACAACGACCACCGGCUCUAUUACAAGUGUACAAGCUGUUUACGUCCCGGCUGAUGACUUAACAGAUCCUGCUCCAGCAACUACAUUCGCUCAUCUAGACGCUACGACAGUACUAUCACGUGCUAUUGCUGAAUUGGGAGUAUAUCCAGCUGUUGAUCCCUUGGAUUCUACAUCGAGAGUCAUGGACCCGAAUAUAAUCGGCCCUGAACACUACGGAGUUGCUAGAGGUGUGCAAAAAAUAUUACAAGAUUACAAAUCGUUGCAAGAUAUUAUUGCUAUAUUGGGUAUGGACGAAUUAUCUGAAGACGAUAAGCUGACUGUAGCACGUGCUCGUAAAAUACAACGAUUUCUCUCCCAACCUUUCCAAGUAGCUGAAGUUUUUACCGGACAUGUUGGCAAAAUGGUUAAACUAGAAGAAACAAUUAAAGGGUUUAAAAGAAUUUUAGGCGGAGAACUUGACCACAUACCAGAAGCAGCUUUCUAUAUGGUGGGCACUAUUGAAGAUGUUAUUGCUAAAUCGCAAUCUUUAGCAAAGUCCUAA